CGUCUCCAAUUUCUUACCAAGUUCCCCACUCCACCCACACGUUUCAGAGAUCCGUUGUUUUGAAACUCUCUCUCUCUCUCUCUAAAAAAAUGUCUUCCACAGAACACUCUAGUCAGUAAAUCAACAGGUUUUCGAACUCCGAAACCCUAAUUUCACAUUUGAUUUCACUCUGUAAUUCGCAAUCUAGGGUUUUGAAUUGUGAAUUGAAGUUUAAAACAUGUACAUCAAAGAGAUAUGCUUGGAGGGUUUCAAGUCGUAUGCUACGAGGACAGUGGUUCCUGGUUUCGAUCCUUACUUCAAUGCAAUAACCGGGCUCAACGGGUCUGGCAAAUCCAACAUUCUCGACUCCAUAUGCUUCGUUUUGGGUAUCACGAAUUUGCAACAGGUUCGAGCUUCCAACCUUCAGGAGCUCGUGUACAAGCAAGGCCAAGCUGGGAUUACAAAGGCCACAGUGUCUGUUGUGUUUGAUAAUUCCGACAGGAAUCGAAGUCCUCUUGGCUAUGAGGAUUGUUCUGAGAUUACAGUGACCCGUCAGAUUGUGGUUGGUGGAAGGAACAAAUACUUAAUAAAUGGUCACCUUGCGCAGCCUAGUCGAGUGCAAAAUCUUUUCCAUUCUGUGCAGCUUAAUGUCAAUAAUCCACAUUUUCUCAUAAUGCAAGGACGCAUUACUAAGGUCCUAAACAUGAAACCCCCUGAAAUAUUAUCAAUGCUGGAAGAGGCUGCUGGGACAAGAAUGUAUGAAACAAAGAAAGAGACUGCUUUGAAAACACUUGAGAAAAAACAGAGUAAGGUAGACGAGAUUGAUAAGCUUCUUGACCAGGAAAUACUUCCUGCUUUGGAGAAGUUGAGGAAGGAGAAGAUGCAAUACAUGCAAUGGGCUAAUGGGAUUGCAGAAUUGGAUCGAAUUAAAAGAUUCUGCAUUGCUUAUGAAUAUGUUCAGGCAGAGAAGAUUAGAGAUAAUGCGGUUGGCAUUGUAGAGGUAACAAAGGCUAAGAUUUCUGAGGUUGAUGAUAAUGCAGAAAGGAUGCGUAUGGAAAUACAGGAGAUGGAAGCAAAAGUAUCAAAAUUGACCGCUGAAAAAGAAGCAAGUAUGGCCGGGGAGGUAAAAAGUUUGUCAGAGAAAGUAGAUGCUCUUUCUCAUGAUCUGGUGAGGGAAGCAUCUAUACUGAAAAAUCAAGAGAAAACUCUCAACACUGAAAAAGAGAACGCUGAAAAGAUUGUGAGAAGCACUGAAGAAUUAAAGCAGUCUGUAGAAGAGAGGGCCUCUGCUGUAAAAAAUGCUGAAGAUGGAGCAGCUGAUCUGAAAAAGAGAGUUGAGGAACUUUCUAAGAGUUUGGAAGACUAUGAAAAGGACUACCAGGGUGUCUUAGCUGGUAAGAGCAGCGGAAGUGAGGAGAAAUGUCUUGAAGAUCAACUAGGUGAUGCCAAAGUAGCUGUUGGAAAUGCAGAAACAGAACUGAAACAGUUGAAAACAAAAAUAAGCCAUUCUGAGAAAGAGUUGAAAGAGAAAUCACGUCAGCUAUUAUCAAAGCGUGAAGAAGCUGUUUCUGUAGAAAAUGAGCUGAAUACUAGAAGAAAAGAUGUGGAAAGUGUUAAAAUGGCUUUGGAAUCUCUUCCAUACGAAGAUGGACAGAUGGAAAGCUUACAAAAGGAUCGUGCAGCUGAGUCAGAGAUAGUGCAAAAGUUGAAAGAUGAAAUUCGGAUUCUAUCUGCAAAAUUGACUAAUGUGGAUUUUGCAUACCGUGACCCUGUGAAGAAUUUUGAUAGGUCAAAGGUGAAAGGUGUGGUUGCUAAACUCAUUAAAGUGAAGGAUGGCUCAACAGCGACUGCCUUAGAGGUUGCAGCAGGGGGAAAGUUGUUUAAUAUUAUAGUAGACACAGAAAAUACUGGCAAGCAACUGCUUCAAAAUGGUGAUCUUCGAAGACGAGUAACAAUAAUCCCUCUAAACAAAAUUCAAUCCCAUCCUGUCCCUCAUAGAGUGCAAAAUGCUGCCGUUAGAUUGGUUGGCAAAGGGAAUGCAGAAGUGGCACUGUCUUUGGUAGGAUAUGACAAGGAACUGAAGAGUGCUAUGGAAUACGUGUUUGGUUCAAUCUUUGUUUGCAAAACUAUUGAUGCAGCGAGGGAGGUUGCUUUUAAUAGGGAAAUUGGCAUCCCAAGUGUCACUUUUGAGGGUGAUAUAUUUCAGCCAAGUGGACUUCUGACAGGUGGAAGUCGCAAGGGUGGGGGUGAUCUGUUAAGACAGCUUCAUGCUUUGGCAGAGGCUGAAUUAAAACUUUCUGUUCAUCAGAAGAGGCUAUCUGAAAUUGAUGCCAAGAUUGCUGGUCUCCUUCCUCUUCAGAAAAAGUAUAAGGACCUUAAGGCACAGUUGGAACUUAAGUCUUAUGAUCUUUCAUUAUUCCAGAGUAGGGCUGAGCAGAAUGAACAUCAUAAGCUUGGUGAGCUUGUAAAAAGGAUCGAGCAGGAGCUUUCAGAAGCAAAAUCUGCUGCCAGUGAAAAGCAACUUUUGUUUGAAAAAUGCAUAACUACAGUGUCAUCGCUUGAAAAAUCAAUCAGUGAACAUGCUAAUAAUCGGAAUGGCAGGCUCAAAGAUUUAGAGAAAAAGAUCAAGGCAAUAAAAGCUCAGGUGCAAUCAGCUACCAAGGAGCUCAAGGGGCAUGAAAAUGAGAAGGAGAGGCUUAUUAUGGAAAUGGAAGCGGUCAAACAGGAAUGUGCAUCCUUGGAGAGUCAGUUAGUUUCUCUGAAGAAGCUUAUUGACAAUCUUACUUCAGAAGUAGAUGAACAUAAAACCAGGAUUGCUUCCAUAAGAAAUUCUCAUGAUCAGGCACAAUCUGAGCUCAAUCUUUUCCGCUCAAAGAUGAAGGAGUGUGAUGCACAGAUUAGUUGCAUUAUCAGGGAGCAGCAGGAACUUCAAUGCAAAAUUAGUGAGACAAAUCUUGAGAGAAAGAAGAUGGAAAAUGAGGUAAAACGGAUGGAGAUGGAACAGAAAGAUUGCUCCUUGAAGGUUGAAAAAUUGAUUGAGAAGCAUGCUUGGAUAACAUCUGAGAAACAGCUCUUCGGAAAAAGUGGGACGGAUUAUGAUUUUGAAUCCCGUAAUCCUCGUAAAGCAAGGGAAGCUUUUGAAAAGCUACAAGCUGAGCAAUCAGGCCUUGAGAAACGAGUCAACAAGAAAGUUAUGGCAAUGUUUGAGAAAGCAGAAGAUGAGUACAAUGAUUUAAUAUCAAAGAAGAACAUUAUUGAGAAUGACAAGUCAAAAAUCAAGAUGGUGAUUGAGGAGCUUGAUGAAAAGAAGAAAGAAACACUGAAAGUUACAUGGGUUAAGGUUAACAAUGACUUUGGGUCCAUAUUUUCUACCCUAUUACCUGGCACAAUGGCAAAGCUAGAACCUCCUGAGGGAGGCAACUUCUUAGAUGGUCUUGAGGUUCGUGUUGCCUUUGGAGGUGUUUGGAAACAGUCCCUGUCAGAGCUUAGUGGAGGACAAAGAUCUUUACUUGCCCUUUCUCUAAUUCUGGCACUUCUUCUGUUCAAACCAGCUCCACUUUAUAUAUUGGAUGAGGUUGAUGCAGCUCUUGAUCUAAGCCACACCCAGAACAUUGGAAGAAUGAUCAAAACUCACUUUCCACAUUCACAGUUCAUUGUGGUUUCUUUGAAAGAAGGCAUGUUCAACAAUGCUAAUGUUCUUUUCCGGACAAAGUUUGUGGACGGUGUUUCUACUGUGCAGAGAACCGUGGCAUCUAAGCCAAAUAAGUGACUCUCAUAUCCUAUGAGGAUAAAUUUUAAACUGGUUACUUUAUACAAAGUUGAUUGAUAGCUUCAAGAACCUCUGCAGUGAUUUUGCACAGCUAGUGUCUACAGUGAGCAACUUGAACCUCAUGUUUAUCGUCACUCCGCAGAUGCUCUCUUAUACUUCUUUUGGAGCUUCUCAUGGGAAGCCCUUCCUGCAUUGGGUUGAAAGCAUCUGGCCUCUGUUUAGGCGAUGUAGUUAGCUUGAGUUGUAAUUUAUAACGAGGAACAUAAAUUUAUCACUGAUUUUUUAUUUUAAUUGGUAAGUAGAUUGUAAUAUGCAUUAUGUUGGUGUCAAAAACUGUUUGGCUUCCCAAAAAAAAGGAUUAUUAGUAGUUUCUGCAAAUGGUUUCAAUGAUGUA